AGCCCUCUGUCCGAAUUUUAAUCCAUCUCUCUCUGCUGUCUGAAAUCCUGUUUGGUCUCCUUCUCUCUCCUUCAUUUCCUUUCCCUUCCAUUCCCUUCCCGUCUCUUCCUUCUCUGUCUAUCUCAAGGAGAGCCACUGACAAACUUACUCAAAGUAUACAACAAUGGGUUUGUUCCUUUGCACUGGGAAAUCAAAGAACAAAACAAAGCAGCAGCAAAGCAAUAAGUCCGAUGAUCAGAUCCCAUCAACAUUAGUUUCAGAUAAAGUAAAGCUGGAUUCUUCACUGGACGAAAGAAAGGAAGGAUCGAAGAAUGGAGGUUCGGGUCGUAUUGCUGCCCAUACAUUUAGAUUUCGUGAAUUGGCUGCUGCAACGAAGAAUUUCAGGGCCGACUGUCUUUUAGGUGAGGGAGGAUUUGGCAGGGUAUACAAGGGGCGUUUAGAGAGCACGAAUCAGAUUGUCGCUAUCAAACAACUAGAUCGAAAUGGAUUGCAAGGAAACAGGGAAUUCCUCGUUGAGGUUCUGAUGUUGAGCCUACUUCAUCAUCCGAACCUGGUCAAUUUGAUCGGGUAUUGUGCUGAUGGAGAUCAAAGACUAUUGGUUUAUGAGUACAUGCCAUUAGGAUCCCUCGAGGACCAUCUACAUGAGCUUUCGCCUGAUAAAAAGCGACUUGAUUGGAAUACGAGAAUGAAAAUAGCGGCCGGUGCUGCAAAAGGCUUGGAGUAUUUGCAUGAUAAAGCGAACCCUCCUGUAAUAUAUCGUGAUUUAAAAUGUUCGAAUAUUUUGCUCGACGAAUCCUAUCACCCCAAGUUAUCCGAUUUCGGGUUGGCCAAAUUAGGCCCCGUUGGCGAUAAGACCCAUGUAUCUACUAGAGUCAUGGGAACCUACGGAUAUUGCGCACCGGAAUAUGCAAUGACUGGGCAACUUACAUUGAAAUCCGAUGUCUAUAGCUUCGGGGUGGUUCUUCUGGAAAUUAUUACCGGCAGAAAGGCAAUCGACACUUCUAGAGCUGCCGGGGAGCAAAAUCUCGUUGCAUGGGCUCGGCCCUUGUUUAAAGACCGUAGGAAGUUCUCGCAAAUGGCGGACCCGACGCUUCAGGGCCAGUAUCCCGUCAGGGGUUUGUAUCAGGCUCUCGCUGUUGCGGCAAUGUGCGUCCAGGAGCAACCCACGAUGCGACCUCUCAUAGCAGACGUCGUUACAGCCUUAAACUAUCUAGCAUCCCAGAAUUAUGAUCCCGAUACCCAGCCAGUCCAAAGGAUUCGCUCGGGCAAUUCUACUCCAAGAACAAGAAGGGAUGCGUGGUGAUAACAAUUUUGGUACAUAGCUAUAAAUCGAGGGCCUUUCAACGCGAUACUAUAUCGCAAUGCGAGGUGAGAUGAAACCUUAGUUUAUUUUGUGGUAAUGAAGAUGGGUUUUCUUUCUUUUGCUGCCCAGAAAUUAUGUCUGUAAAUCCCAUUCUGCAGCAGUGUCCAGGCUACAGCUUCAGUCUUUUUCCAAUGUGUAAUUUUCUUUUCUAUCGUGAAAAAGAAAAUGAAAAGAAAAAAGUUUUUUCAUUCCCUUGACCA